UAAGCGUUUUCGACAUUCUCACAAUGGCGAGGUAGUGGAAAGAAUGGGUUGGCUACGCGUCUCUGGGCGAAGAAGAAACCAUACAUUUUGUUGAAGGUCGCAGUUUCUUGUCAUUUAUUGAUAGCGACGGAAUGCUUGCUGAUUAGUAGGGCCACAUGAAGAGAGGAGUGUACGUUCAGGUGGUGGGUUUAUGGAGACUGCUACGUAUGCAGCAGCCAGCUUACAUCGGGACCAAAAGCGGGUUGGAGAAGAAAGAGGCUUUCCUACCAUGAGAGCGAUUUAACCCCGUUUUUUUUAUGAGGGAGAAACAAUUGAACCAAUAUUGCUUUACAAAGACGCUGUGUUGGCAACAGCGAGAAUAGGCUACGAGGCAAAUCGGAGUUGGGUCAAGUUUUGGGGAAUGGCAGGUCGAAGCCGAAGAGCAUGGUUUAGUGUUCUGUUGGGGCUGGUUGUCGGGUUCACCCUGGCUUCCAGACUCAUAUUACCGAAGGCUACGGAGUUGAAAAAAUCCGGUCAGAAACGCAAGGCGAACCCAGCCGGUUGCGGGUUGAACGGGGGUCUGAGGAGAGAAUUCGGUGGGAUAUUAUGGCCCCCGCAAGAUAACGGAUUUUCGGCGACCGAGAAGCCAGUUCCGAGGUCCAACAAUUUCCUUUACGUCGGCGUCAUGACUGCCCAAAAGUACCUGAAUAACCGCGCCAUCGCGGCACAUAGAACGUGGGCUCAGACCAUCCCGGGCCAUGUGGAGUUCUUCUCCAGCGAGGGUUCGGACACCACCAUCCCCAUCCCCAUCGUGGCGCUGCACAACGUGGACGACUCCUACCCACCGCAGAAGAAGUCCUUCAUGAUGCUCAAGUACAUGCACGAUCACUACCUGGACCAAUAUGAGUGGUUCAUGCGGGCCGACGAUGAUGUGUACAUCAAGAGCGAGCGCCUGGAGGGCUUCCUGCGCUCGCUCAACAGCAGCGAGGCCCUCUUCCUGGGCCAGACGGGCAUGGGUGCCCGCGACGAGCUGGGCAAGCUGGCGCUGGAGCCAGGUGAGAACUUCUGCAUGGGUGGCCCCGGCGUGAUCAUGAGCCGCGAGGUGCUGCGCCGGAUGGUUCCUCACAUCGGCCAGUGCCUGCAGGAGAUGUACACCACGCAUGAAGACGUUGAGGUGGGCCGCUGCGUGCGGAGGUUUGCCGGCGUGCAGUGUGUCUGGUCCUACGAGAUGCAGCAGCUGUUCUACGAGAACUACGAGCCCAACAAGAAGGGAUACAUCCGCGACCUCCACAAUAGCAAGAUCCACCGGGCCAUCACCCUGCACCCCAACAAGAACCCGCCCUACCAGUACCGCCUGCACAGCUACAUGCUCAGCCGCAAGAUCGCCCAGCUCCGCCACCGCACCGUCCAGCUCCACCGUGAGAUCGUCCAGAUGUGCCGCUACGGGGCGGCCGAGCCCAGCCGAGAGGACCUGCAGCUGGGCAUGCCUCCAUCCUUCAUGAGGUUCCACCCUCGGCUCCGCGAGGAGGUCCUGGAGUGGGAGUUCCUGACGGGCAAGUACCUGUUCUCCUCGUCUGACGGCCAACCCCCCCGCCGGGGAAUGGACUCCUCCCAGCAUCUGGCCCUGGAUGACAUCAUCAUGCAGGUGAUGGAGAUGAUUAACGCCAAUGCCAAGACGCGGGGACGAGUGAUCGACUUCAAGGAGAUCCAGUACGGCUACCGGCGGGUCAACCCCAUGUACGGGGCGGAGUACGUGCUGGACCUGUUGCUCCUCUACAAGAAGCACAAAGGGAAGACCAUGACGGUGCCGGUGAGGAGACAUGCCUACCUCCAGCAGACCUUCAGCCAGAUCCAGUUCAGAGAGGAAGAGGAGAUGGACGACAAGGCUCUCGCCAGCAGCAUCAACCAGGACUCAGACUCCCUGUCCUUCCUCUCCAACUCCCUCAAGAUGUUCGUGCCCUUCAAGCUGUCCAGCUCUAGCCAGGACCAGAAGGAGCCGAAGGAGCCUAAGGUCAACAUACUGGUGCCGCUAUCCGGACGCUACGACAUCUUUGUCCGCUUCAUGACCAAUUUAGAACGGGUGUGCCUGAUCCCCAACCAGAACGUCAAGCUGCUCAUCCUCCUCUUCAGCACCGACAACAACACAGAGCGGGUCAAGCAGGUGGAGCUGAUGAGGGAGUACCACAUCAAGUACCCCCGUGCCGAGAUGGAGAUCCAGCCCGUGUCGGGCUCCUUCUCCCGGGCCUUGGCUCUGGAGGUGGGCUCGGCCCACUUUUCCAACAACUCGCUGCUCUUCUAUUGCGACGUGGACCUGCUUUUCACAACCGACUUCCUCAAGAGGUGCCGGAGUAACACGGUCCUGGGGGAGCAGACCUACUUCCCCAUCAUCUUCAGUCAGUACGACCCCAAGGUGGUUUACGCCGGUAAGGUGCCCAGUGAGAACCACUAUGUGUUCACCGCUAAGACGGGUCUGUGGCGUCACUACGGCUUCGGCAUUGUCUGUGUUUACAAGGGCGACCUGGUCGGGGCCGGGGGCUUCGACACCUCCAUCCAAGGGUGGGGUUUGGAGGACGUGGACCUCUUUAACAAGUUUGUCCAAUCAGGGAUCCGGUUGUUCCGGAGCACGGACCCGGGGAUCAUACACGUUCACCAUCCAGUAGUGUGCGACCCCAACCUGGAGCCCAACCAGUACAAGAUGUGCCUGGGCUCCAAAGCCUCGUCGUACGGCUCGACACAGCAGCUGGCUGAACUGUGGCUCGAGAAGAACGACCACGGCUUCCGGAAGGUCGGGAGCUCAAAUAAUGAAUCCCUCAGGACAGCGUGAGAAAGCACUCCGGCCAGGACUGACAAAAGCAGUAUGUGGAGUCCCCCAGGCUUGGGUGUCUUUCCUGGGGAGUCCCCCAGGCCUGGGUGUCUUUCCUGGGGGUCCCCCAGGGCUGGGUGUCUUUCACUCUUCCCAUUUGUCUUAGCAGCAUUUUUAACGACCUAAUUUAUUUUUUACAGAAACAAAAAAGACUUGGAUAUAUUUUGGAAAUCUGCUUUUUUUAAAGAAAACACAUGAACGUUGAACUGACUGAGACAAACGAGACUGUAGAAGAUGUUUUCAUUAAUACUGAAAAAGAAAGCAUCUCGAUGAGGAAUAUUCCUUUGGAUGAGCCUACCAUAACUCUGGACACAAGAACAACGUGCUCUGAUGUCUUAUUCUACCAGUCUAGUAAUAAAGACCAUUCUGUGUUAUUUGUACAGUAACCUUGUCUCCAGGUUGUUGCACAUAUAAGCCUGGGAUUUCAACAAUUCAAAGUUUGCCUUAGUGGGAGUGACCAUAGAAUUAUAUGGCAGUGACCUACUGAGUCAAGUACCUGUCAUCAUUUCAUUUGAGCAAAUCACACGACUGUGAGGUGUGUUAUGGGAGAUGAUUGGUUGGUAGAUUAAGCCAAUGCGCCAGGAGUUUCUCACAGUCAUUCUGUAUUGACUAACGAAGGCCAAGUUUGAUGCGUUGGUCCACCAGACUCUUCCCAUUUGGGAGAAAGUGUCUGGGAACUACAUGUUCACAGUGUCUGGGAACUACAUGUUCUAUAAAGAGAGUAUGGGGGGGAUGGUGAUGUUCGGGGUUAUAUUAUGUGUACCUCAGCUCUUUAAAAGGUGUAGCGUUUGUCUUGUGCGUGGAUGUUGUCAUCUUCACAGACCAGCAGGGCUCUAAAUGGAACUGUCCUCUUGAUUGUGAAUGUUUACAGCAGGUUGAUAUGAACAAACAUUUCAUCAUUGAAGAAGGUUGACUUAGAUGAAAAGCAAUUUGAAUUAAGACUAAAGGACCAUUUUGAUUCCUUUUGAUUUGUUUAUAGUACAGAAUAACACUGUUUUUUUCAAUUGAUUUUAGAUUUUCUUUUUAUUUACUUCUGUGAACACAACUGCUGGAUUUAAUAUCUGCAAUUCAUCCUCCGCUGUCUAAUUUAUUGAAUUUGCAGUCUCCAUUCUGUGUUACCUGACUGUUGGAAUAUGUAUAUUAGAAAAAUUGUAUACCCAUCUGUUGUUGGAUUAUUGUUUUUCCAUUUUCCUUUUGUUUCUCUCUCAAACUCAUCUGAUUACCAAAGAGUUUUUGCACAGUGUGUUUUAGGUAUUGUGUGUCAUGUUGUUUUCUAGGAGGUGCAGGCACAAACAUGACAUGUCCCGUAGAUGAAGAGGUAUAGUGAGUGAGGAAGCACCUUCCUGGCUCCACCUCUUUGCUCUCAUGAGGAAUCUAAGGCCUAUAUCAAACUAGUCAUCCAGAUUUAGGAACAAAGGAAUGGGAAGGGCAGGGAAUGCUGUGCUCCUUCAUAGAACUGAAAGGAAUUCUAAAUCAUUUUAGAACCCUUGGAGUGAAUUCCAGAACCUUCUCAGCACCCAUUGGUACAAUGAAUUAGAAUAGAACUCUUAGAAUGAAAUCUGAUUUUAUACUGAACAAAAAUAUAAAUGCAACAAUUUCAAAGAUUUUACUGAGUUACAAUUCAUAUGAAGAAAUCAGUCAAUUUAAAUGAAUUAAUGAAUCUACGGAUUUCACAUGACUGGGAAUACAGAUCUGUUGGUCAAAGAAAUGGGCCUCACAAUGGUCCUCAGGAUCUCGCCACGGUAUUUCUGUGCAUUCAAAUUGCCAUCGAUAAAAUGCAAUUCUGCUUGUUGUCCGUAGCUUAUGCCUGUCCAUACCAUAAUCCCAUCGCCACCAUGGGGCACUCUGUUCAUAAUGUUAUCAGCAAACCGCUCGCACACAUGAUGCCAUUACAAGUGGUCUGCGGUUGUGAGGCCGGUUUGACGUACUGCCAAAUUCUCUAAAACGAUGUUGGAGUCGGCUUAUGGCAACAGUCAGCAUGCCAACUGCAUGUUCCCCAAAACUUGGGAUAUCUGUGGCAUUGUGUUGUGUGACAAAACUGCACAUUUUAGAGUGGCCUUUUAUUGUCCCCAGCACAAGGUACACAUGUGUAAUGAUCCUGCUGUUUAAUCAGCUUCUUGACAUGCCACACCUGUCAGGUGGAUGGAUUAUCUGGAAAGGGAGAAAUGCUCACUAACAGGGAAGUAACCUUUUUGUGAGUAUGGAACAUUUCUAGGAUAUUUUAUUUCAGUUCAUGAAACCAACAUUUUACAUGUUGCGUUUCUAUUUCUGUUCAGUGUAGAACUCUGAGAAUGAAUUAUAAUUCUAUGAAUUAUCUGGUCCCUGUCCAUAUAGCUGUCUAUUUAGGAGAAUGUCUUCUGUGCAGCAGCACUCCCCUGGUUUAAAGGUCUCCUCUACUCCACACAGUCUUUAAGCCCAAGAGAAGACGGGGUCAGCUACACUUGGAGCAGGAGGGACAACUGUGCUCUAUCAUAAUAGUCUUGGUUUUCUGGGGAUUUUUAAUAUUUCUGUUGUUCAUUCAGCCCUGUCCAACUGGGAAAGGUUUUAUAUUUAAGAAAUAAAAUGAAAAAUGUUUAUCAAAAA